CAUUACUAAAAUCGCUAAAUCUAAAUAGAUAAUAAUCGAAGAUUAUAUUUAAUCAAAAUAUACAAAAGUAUGUACAAUAUUCAGACAUAUAUUAUAUUGUAGGCUAGCAUUUGUAUGAUAUAACAAAUGUUUAAUUUUGAUACACAAAAAAAAUAAAAUAAAAAACACAUCUAAGAAAGCUGUUCUGAUAACGGAAUUAAGCCUCACAAGUCGCAUCUGUACUGCGGCGUGCAUCUCUCUCGCCUUGUCCUUUGUUAACCGUGGAGCUGUCGCGACCGCCAUUACUGGAUCUAAUCUAACUCUCUUAAACGCCUUGGAUUUUCUUCCAGGUGAACUCUGAUCCGACACCAAAAAAAAAAACCCCCCGUCAUUUCACUCCACAACUGCCUUUAGCGGACACCGACGGACAGAGAGGAACUUCGGCACGCUUUUCUCGUACCUCAGGUUAGCAGGUUCUUUGCUCUCCCUCUCACGGAACACACUUUAUCAUGUCCCUUGCUGCUUUCAUCUUCUUCACCGCGAUGAUUGUUUAUCGGUGGAUUCUCCCCUUUUUCUUGGAUUUACUUCGUUAUAUGCGCUUUCCUGCUAUUUUGGAUGCCGGGAUUGCUGGUUAAGCUGAGUACGGUGAGAGACUGAUUUCGGUUUAGGUAUCAGUUAUCCAAUCCGUGCAGUUGGAAAAGCUUGAAGGCAGCUUUUUUUUGCGCAGUGUCCCUGUAAUGGCAUUUAUCGCCAUCGAACAAGUGCGAUUCGCUACAAGUUCUGUCUGUGCUGGAAAUUUGUCAGUAUAUGUGUUGUCAGUAUUCAGUUUUUGCCUGACGAUUUCCCUGCUCGCAUUGCCUUGCAGUCUCUCCGAUUUUAACUUGCUUUGUUGUGGAACGUGGAUUCUGGUUAUUGGCAUUCGGUUUCCUUUCCUUCCUGUCAAGUUUUCUGUUGUUUGGCCAUGGCUUUGCCUCCAACUGCUGAUUUCCAGAACAAAUUUCUCUGCUGAAGUGGUAACUGAACUUGGGUUGCUUCAGUAUCUGAGAAUGUUUUUGAAAUAGCAGAGAUAGGAGAUUGAUUAUAUUUUGGCUUUACUUGGUGUUUUUGAGUAGGCAACAAAUGUAUAAUUGUAAAGUUUUAGCCUUUUGGACAUGUUGAAUAAAUGAAGUAGGAACUGAAUGUAACUGUAAAAAUAGCCCCAACCCAGCUUUGGUCUUCUUCCUUAUUAUUUGAACAAAUGUGAUCUUGGACAUUUCGUAAAGUUUUAGCCUUUUGGAGAUGGUGAAUAAAUGAAGCAGAACUGAGUGGCACUGUAAAAAUGACCCCAACCCAUCUUUGUUCUUCUUCCUUAUUAUUUGAAAAAUGUGAUCUUGGACUACAAAACUUCUGUUUGAUCAAGAAGUUUCACCACUCCAUGACCUGUUCUGUGCCAAAAACUUCCAGUUGCCUUCUUUGUUUCUUGUUAGCACUGCUGCACUAUCAUAGCUAGAAAUAGCGGCAGCUUAAUUUUCAUAGUUCACAGGACCAUUUCCUGCUGCCCGUAUUGAUUCCAUUCUUGGAUGUUUUAAAAUAGUAGAACCCUACAUCAUGGCCAUUCUACACACUAGGCCACGAAUCCUCCCUUUGUUAAAGCAAUGGCAGGCAGCAGUCAAGAUCUUACUAAUCAGGCACCUAGCUGAUAUGUUCAAACAUUAUCUUUUUUCAUUAUAUAAGGUGAUAGUACAUAUCAAAUUGUUUUUCCUUUUGGGGGGUUUGGGGGAUUAAGGCAUUCCCUGUCUUAUGGCUAAGCACCAUGCUGCAGAAUCCUCCUCUAUAGGUUGUACUCAGGAUUGUUUCCAUUAUUGAGAACGGUGUUCACUGAUAUUGAUCUACACUGUUUGCUCAAUUGAAGUGGUGGCCUCGACUCUUAUUUUAGUAGUCAGUUGUUCUCGUGAAUGACACUUUACUGCAGAUAUAUCUGUUUAUCAUUCUGUAUUCUUUAUUUUAUCCUUGUCCUUAUUCUGUUUCUGAUUCUCUUUUUCUCCUUUUGCUUGCAGCUGAAGCUCCUGGAUAAAAGAGUUCCCACACAUGAUAGCAUUCUACUGAAUAAUUUUCCUAUUAUGGUAGCCAUCCAACACUAGGACGUCUGAGAUUCAUGAAUGCAUAAGGGUUGGUGCCCUUUGCAGUGAGCAGGCAUGAAAGUAAUAAGUUUCUAUAAGUGGAAGGGGAUUCACGUUUCGGUUUCUCUGCUUGCGAUUGUUCUUACAGCAGUUAUUCUAUGGACAUGGGAAGAGAAUCCUUUUGUUUCUACUUUGCAGUCAGCGCAAGAGCAGUUUAGAGUAAUCUCUUCAGGUAUGCUUCUCUGCCUAUUUGUUCCUGUCAAGGUAAACCAGCACAGUCAAAACUAUGCCUUUUGAUAAAACUGUAACUGGUGCUCUACUGAGUUGCAAGACUCUAGUGUGCUGGGUGAGAACACCGUAGUCAAAGUUAUGAUUGCACUUAAAAAUGUAAAAUUACAAACUAUUUAAAAUUCCAAUCCAAAAAACUUAAAGAGAGAACCACAGAUGUAGAAUUACUGCAUUUUUUGUCACUCGUACGAAGUAAAAACAAUGAUCCAGUAAACAAAGUGGAUGAAAGAACAAAUUUCUUGUCUAAUGUGUAUGAUAAUAAUAUAACAUCUUUGGUUUGGUUUUGAAACUACUAUAUUUAGUACAGAAUUAGAGUUCAUAGAAGACCAUAAGUAUGAUAAGCCUGGGCCUAACAUUGUGUAUCCUUCUAGAAUCAUAUGAUUUUGAAGUCAAAGUUAGGAUUUUAACUACCUUGGAUCAGACAGAAAAGCAACCUUUCUGACACCACAUGGUGCAUCUGUUGGGCUUUUUGGUAGCUUCCUUUAUCACUGUGGCUUUUGCUACAUGUGCUAACUUCAUUCUAAUUUGAUCUUUUCUUGUUCUGAUGCUCAGGUAACGUAGUUAACUGGCCUAGUGAUGCAUCCCAUUCAGGUUCAUUGGUGAAUGUUACAAACAGUGUACCGUCUUCGAAUCUGAAAGGUAGAGUAUUUGCAGUGGGCUUGUUUAUUGUGGUGUUAUUGAUGAACUUUGCUCAGUUGUGGCUUUGCUUGUGAUAAGAGACCCUGAUGAUAACCACAUCAGAAUUCAGAACUUGCUUUUUAGAAGUCUCUGUCUUCAUGUAUGAAGUUUAUAUUAGCCUUUUUUAUCGCUUUGAUGGAUAAAUGAGUGUUCUCUGGCCAAUAUGCUUAAAGGUUUUCACUUUAUCGCUUACAAAUUCCGAGAUCCUCCCUGGCCUUAACUAUCCUCUAAAUUCUGCUCCUUUCAAUCUUUUCUGAAGAUGAUGCUAGCAAUCAAGAGUAACCUAAAAUUAUACUUUUGCCAUCCUUGUCCAACUGGUUUCUAUUGAAUCAUUUGCCCAUACUUGACAAGAAAAAGUGUACUAAGAUGUCCUCGGUGCCAAUGAGUGUAUGAACAUUCGUCCUUGUUCUGCCUGUUUAAAAACUUAUGUCACACGCAUUAAUGGAUAUUGAUACUAUAUAGUUGGUUUUGCCUUUACACAAGUAUAUUAUCCACCACCUGUGCUACUCAUUAUGUAUGUGUGCUGCCUUUUUUCCUUCUUACCUCUCUCUCACUGCUCCCCUUCUUCUUCUUUGUUACACUUUGCAGACUGCAAUUAUGCUAAGGGUAGAUGGAUUGCAGACAGCAAAAGACCUCUAUAUUCCGGGUUCCAAUGUAAACAAUGGUUGUCGGGAAUGUGGGCGUGCAGAACUUUUCCUCGAAAAGAUUUUUCUUUUGAGGGGUAUAGAUGGCAGCCAGAACACUGCAAAACGACCGAGUUUGAGGAAUCGGAAUUCCUCAAAAGAAUGCAGGACAAAACGAUUGCCUUCAUCGGAGACUCGCUGGGCAGACAGCAAUUCCAAUCAUUGAUGUGCAUGGCAUCAGGUGGAGAAUGGAGGAUGGAUGUAGCCGACGUGGGCUAUGAAUUCGGUCUAGUCAAAGCGCCAGGUGCUAUACGCCCAGAUGGCUGGGCCUAUCGCUUCACAAACACCAACACAACCAUUUUAUACUACUGGUCUGCCAGCCUGGCUGACCUAGUCCCUGUAAACGCCACAGAUCGACAGACAGAGGUCCGGAUGCAUUUGGACCAUCCACCAGCUUUCAUGCGACGAUACCUUCACAGAUUCAAUGUCCUAGUUCUCAACACUGGCCAUCACUGGAACCGUGGGAAGCUCAAAGCAAACCGCUGGGUGAUGUACAUUAAUGGGGAGCCACUCGAAGACAAAGGACUUGUUGAUUUGCACACUGCCAAGAAUCUAACAGUUCGCAGUGUCGCUAGGUGGCUCGAUCAGCAGCUUCCUUCGCAUCCUCGUAGUCUCAAGGUGUUUUUCAGAACAAUUUCACCGAGGCACUAUCGUGAUGGGGACUGGAACACUGGUGGGAAUUGUAACAAUACCACUCCCAUGACUAGAGGGAGCAAAGUCUCGAAGGAUGAGUCAAGUGAUGCAGUCAUUGCAUCUGCUGUUGAGGGAACACGGAUUAAGCUUCUGGAUGUUACUGCACUAUCCGAGUUGAGAGAUGAGGCUCACAUAUCGAAUUACAGCGCUAAGACUACGAACAAUGUGAGUGAUUGCCUUCACUGGUGCCUGCCUGGUAUUCCUGAUACAUGGAAUGAACUCUUGGCAGCACAGAUUUAGAAGGGUCAGGUUCGGCUACACUGAUACCUAUCAUAUACAAUUACACUACACACGAUUCAUUUGGAAAUGGGAGUAGCUUUGGCCAGUCCAUGUGGCAUACUAUAGACCAUGUUCAGUUACUUGGGAAAGAAUGCAUCGAUGUGGGGUUUUCGGCUCCUCCUUUUGGUUGGUCUUUGCAGGGAUUCAUCGCCGUCGGCAGCCCUCCCUAUUCAUCAGUAAGGAUUACCCCCUGAACAUGAAUAAACUUCACGGAUGUUAUUUUUCUUAAUAUUAACAUACAUACGGGGUACCAUUAUAGAGAACGACAUGGUGCUGUGUAUUCUAAGUAGCAAUCAGAUGUACUUUUGCUCUGGCGAUGAAAAGAUUGGACAUUGAAGUGUGUAUUUUUGUAUAAUCAGUGUAAUCUUAUUAGGAAAUACCUCUUCUGAUAAAUAGGGGGAAGAACAAAGGCACCUUAGGUUAAAACUGGCAGCAGCAGGUUGCCUUGUAAUUGCCCCUUCCCUUUCCUUCUCUUCCUUUGAAGCCCUUUUUUAUUUCAUGGUUUUUUGAGAAAAAGCCUCAAUUCUCAUAUCGAGAAGCCAAAUGAUGAGCCUUUUAAGACAAGUUUACUAAUUGACCCUUUCAAGAGAAAGCUGCAAUAAGGCUGUUACUACUGAGAAGAAAUAACAGCAGCUGGUGGGAAUAUCUUUCCAAAGCUGCAAAAGAUGGUGUAAGAAGACUGAAGGGAGUGAUGAAAGGAUUUACUUUAUCUUUGAUGUUUUGGCAAUAGAAGGAGAUAGUAAAGUACAAAAAGAAAAGGGCAAAGAGAGUCCAGCUGCAGGGAUACGACAUUAACAAUUGCUAAUUGGAACAUAUCCAUUACACAUGUUGCUGCUGCUCCUGCUGGCCAUCUUCUUCACAUAUCACUGUCAUAUGUAAACUUCUGAUACGAAACUGGAACAUGUGGGGGUUGAUUAGGUAUCAUGUUCAUUCUGGGUAGGCCCUUUUCCUCUCAUAUCCAGUAACCUCCAUGGACAAGCCAGAAAACGUCAAUAUAUACUGUUACUUAGCAGCAGCAGCAGCAGCAGCAGCUAUUAGUGCCAGUUACAGACCUACACGUGGAGCGUGGUGGACUCUGAACUUGCCCUGAAAGAGAGAUAGGAUUUUGGGGUUGUUGUUCCUUCUUCCAUUGGGCAAUAAGACAUUCCUCCUUUCGCAUUUAAGUGGCGUAGAUUGCAUCAAAAUGGGGCUUUGGAAUUGUUUAAUGGUCCAUUUUCCAUGGCUGAUGGCUCCAUGUCAAGCCGGCGGAGCAAGGAGGGACAUGAUUGUCAUUUUGCUACACUUCUGGCUUGGUACGCACUCAAACUACCUAUUAGAUUAGUGCUGGGAGUCAGAGUGGCAGUGAUAUGUUUCUCUUGAUAGUAUUUCACUAUUGCUCAUAAGGAGAUGUGAGGAAAGCUGCAGAAUUCAUUCUCAGUGGGUUCUUUCAUCAAUCAUGGAUAUUUGCAGGAGAAUGCACUGACAAGUUCAUGAUCAGUGUAGGGUUUGUGAAAGUAUAUUUUGUGUGUAUAGUGGUCUAGAAGUCUAAAAUCGCGUGCAAUCAGUACAUUCUGAUUCCGUAAAAAAAGAUGCAUGGAGGUUUGCAAAGUAGGAAAAACCCAUCAAGAAAUUUAGAUUUGUUAACAAAUUAGUGAAUCGAUCAUAUAUACUUUGAAGAAUACAAGAGUUAUUUACCGUGGUCACUUAGUAGACUGUGUAGGCAUAUGCUAAAUUCUAGCUCGACAUAAUCCAAGUCUUGUAAGAUGGCCAGAUGGGGGUGGAAGUGCUACUAGAGGCAAGGCAAGUUUUCUCUACCUCAUGGUAGAGACGAAGACACGCAUCGGUCGGUGAUCAGAAAGGCGAGCACCAAAGACAUAUUUCAAACCCUGAAUCGCUACGAGAAGACCAACAGAUCAACACUCACACCACUUGAACUAGUCCUCAUUCGUCUUGUUGGGAUUUUAGUAACAAUAAAAAGACAAAAUAAUAAUAAUAGUAAUAAUAAUAAUAAUAAUGUCUCCCAAAUUUGUGCUUCCUUUCUGGCUCUUCAAACUUUUGGGCAAUCUGAACUAAUUAAGGUCCGGGAAUAUUGGUGAAAAGCUUGAAAUUAUUAUAUGAUUGAAAAUUGGAGAUAAAACGUGCUGACUACCAAUUUGAUGAGAAGGAGAAGUGUGGUGCGAUGAAUGGUUUUGGUAAAGAUGAUUAAUAAUUAAGGUCAAUUGGAGGCCACAUUACUUCCAUCAUUUCAAUGGCGCAUAGUGAUUGCCUAGUCUAGUCUAAGGUUGAUUGAACUUGAACCUCCUUUUGAUCAUUGAGAUCUGAAGUGUUAAACCCAAGAAGCAUUAGUCUAUAGGGUUAAUUACUAUACUUUUGCAUCCACCAUAUUAUCCUUACAAUAUGAUUCCCUAUAUAAAGGAUUUCAAAAGAUUGUAUUUGAAAUUGGUGUAAUUCUAACUUAGUGUUUGAUUAUUAAUUUUCAACUUUUUAGUAUUUUCAGAUUUAUAAGUUUUUUGUGAAUUUUUGCUACUACCAAAUUUGUUUUUGCCCUUAUGAUUUAGUACCUAAAUUUUUAUUUUAACCAACAUAUCCAUAUAUUUUGAUGGUAAAGUUAUAUUUUAGUACAUAUAUACUUUUUUUUUCUUGUGUUCUGGUACCUGGACUUUAAAUUUUUUUCCAACAAGUACUACUUGAUGCUAAGAGAAAUUUCAAAUAAGUAGUUGUUUAAAAUGUAUUUGAAAUUUAUAAGUAAGAUACUAGAUAUGUAUUUGUAAUUCAACAAUGUAUACGGUACAAAUCCAAAUAACAUAUCUAAAUAUUAUCCAAACAAAUGAUUUAGUAUUUGAAAUUUAAAAUCUCAAAAUCAAAUCCAAAUCAUCAUAUCUAAAGGCAUACAAAUAAAACCUUCCUUGUUUUAUGAUGCGGUAGCCUAAAAAAAGGCACACUUCAGUUAAAAAAAUUGGUGGGAAGAGACGGAUUCUCGAAGGAGUUUUCGGAACUCAAAGACAUCCAAAACUAUUAAUGACGGGAUUAUGUAUAGUUCAUGGUGGGUGACAACCUCCUCCGCGACAUUUGAUAUUUCAAACAUUGGUAAUUGAUAAGAUGGGAAAAUGUUGGUGAUUUUCUUUUUCCCCAAGUCCCAACCCACCUCAAUAUAAAUUAAGAUUUGGCCAACUGAAAAUCAUGAGGGGAUACUGUUUUUUCAUUGAUCAAACAACCAUGUUUGGACAAAAACUUUCAUAUCCAAAUCAAUAAUCCAAAUGAAAUGACCGGUUAGUUGGGAACUUUGCUUACCCAACUCUCCAACAAUGCUCGGUGGGUUAUUACAAAUAAUGAUUUGCCAGUACGAAGUUAUCAACAGAAAGAUUGAGAUAUAACUUUCCUUAAAUCUCCAAACCAAAUUAUUAGUCUUGGUGCAAACAAGACUAUAACAAUUAUUAUACAUUGCCUCGAAUAUAUAUAAUUGAAAAUAUUGGUCAAUGACUAACAAUUAUCUAUAUUAAUAUAGUUAAAAUCUUAUCAUACUCCUAAUCUUUUUUUUUUUUUUUUUGCAUUAAGGGGAGGCCAAGGCCAAGAACACAGAAAGCGUUACAGGGAGUACAUGGAAGAGGAAGGAGAGUGAGAGGGAGCUACAAUCUGUCGAGGCAAAGUUACCCCCAUCAUAUCAUCAGUAAUGAUCGUAGACAUACUUGGUGGCUGGUGAGCAUACUCCUAAUCAAUUAAUCACAUAUAAAUACUACAUAUAAUAUACGAUCGAAUUAACUAAAAGGUCCAAAUGGAGGCCCCUAAUAUUUGGACUCUUUGUCUGAUGGCCUCCCAACACACCCUCUUGUCCACCCAUGAGAAGAAGUAGUUUCAAAUUUUCAUUCAUGUAUAUGUACAUUAUAGUAUGAGGUACUAUGAAGUUACUCGUGUAAUAUAACUUUGAGAUGUUUUGGAGUGAAAUGAGUAAGUUUUUGUAAGAAUUCGAAAGUUGCACGUAAUGAAAGUGAAAAUGUGUAGAGAUUAGUAAGGAAAAGAACGAAAUGGCAGCUAUUACAUACAUCUAGCCUCUAGGGCUGCAAAUGAGUCAAACCGCUCGCGAGCAACUCGGUGUUCGAAUCGAAAAAGUCUCGUUCGACACUCGAAUCGUUAAUUAACAAGCCGGCUCGCGAGCCGUCGCGUUAGUAAACGAGCCAAGCUUGAGCUAGACCAUACUCAGCUUGAUAAGUUCGGGAGCUAGUUUGACUCGGUGGCUUGUUGAACUAAGCUCGCGGGCUUACUUGUUUAGAGCUUGUGGAAUGAUUAAUUACUCUUUUGAACAUGAACAUUAUUGUUUUAAUACGGAUGUUUAUUAGAGUUAGCUAUUAUUUAUAGUUUCUAGUGUGUUUUUUUUCUCAUUUAAACUCUUAUGUUUACACAUUUUUCAGCAAAAAAAAAAAAUUCAAAUCGAGCUCAUCUUGAGCCGAGCUUGUACUCAGCUUGCCAAGAUGUGUUAAUGAGUAUUUACCGAGCUCUAUCGAGUCGAACUCUAGCUAUAUUAUUUUUAAUCGAGCCGAGCUCGAGCUAGAUUAUUAAAAUUCGAGUUCGAGCUGCAAAUUUUAUAAACGAACCGAGCUCAAACUAAAUAAAAACUUGACUCAACUCGGCUCGUUUGCAGCCCUACAUACAUCAUCAUCGAAUUAACUAAUUAAUUGUCAACGUCUAAAUACCUUUUGACCUUUUUUAAACCAUGACCGCAGUUCAAACCAAUUCAAAUAAAUUUCAAAAAUUUGC